AGAAAUCGUUGUUGGAUAUGGUCAUGGUGAUACUAUUGAUAUUCUUGCUACAUAUAACAGUGGAUCUUUUACAAAUCAAACGACCUAUCCAGCUGGCUCCAGUCCAUACUCUGUAGUAGUCAAUGAUUUUAAUAAAGACAAUCAGUUAGAUUUAGUUGUUAUCAAUUAUGGUAGUAAUACUAUAAGUAUUUUUCUUGGAUAUGGCAAUGGAUCAUUUGCAAAUCAAACGAUAUAUCCAACCGGUACUACUCCACAGUCACUGGCUGCAGGUGAUUUCAACAAUGAUAAUCAGUUGGAUCUAGUUGUUGCUAACUAUGGUAGCAAUAAUAUCAGUAUCUUUCUAGGAAAUGGUAAUGGUUCGUUUGCAAAUCAAACAAGUUUUCCAACAGGUACUGGUCCAUAUUCUUUAGCUGUUGGAGAUUUCAACAACGAUACUCGAUUAGAUUUAGUUGUUGCCAAUAAUGAUAACAAUAAUAUUGGUGUUUUUCUGGGAUUUGGCAAUGGUUCAUUUGCAAAUCAAAUUACAUAUCCUACUGGUACUAAUCCACGAUCUCUGGCUACUGGUGAUUUCAAUGAUGAUGAUUGGUUAGACAUAGUUGUUGCAAAUUAUAAUUCUGAUACUGUGGGUAUCUUUCUUGGAUAUGGGAAUGGUUUCUUUGCAAAUCAAGAGACUUUUCCAACUGAUAAUCAUCCACAGUUUGUAGCUGUAGGUGAUGUCAAUAAUGACACUCUAUUGGAUAUCGUUGUUGCUACCGUCGGUUAUCGCACUGUCAGUAUUCUUUUAGGGUAUGGUAAUGGGUCUUUUGCAAAUUUCACGAAAUGUUCAGUAGGCAUUCUCCCAUUAUCUUUAGCUGUUGUUGAUAUCAACAAUGACGCUCGAUUAGAUAUCAUUGUCACAAAUCUGGGCAGUAAUUAUGUGUGUGUGUUAUUAGGAUAUGGGAAUGGUUCUUUUGCAACUCAAAUUACAUAUCCAACAGGCGUUAGUCCACAAUCUUUAGCUAUUGGUGAUUUUAAUAAUGAUACUCUACUUGAUAUAGUUGUUACAAAUAAAGGUGACAAUAAUGUUAUGAUACUAUUUGGUUGUCUUAAUCAAGUUUUUGUAAAGCAAAUAGUAGUUUUCACUGGCCAAAAUUCUCGAACACGAUCUGUUGUUGUUGGUGAUCUUAAUAAUGAUAAUAUAAUGGAUAUUGGAGUAGCUAAUUCAGGUACUAAUAAUAUUGGUAUUUUUCUUGGAUAUGGAAAUAUUACUUUUACAAAUCAAACAACAUAUUCAACUGGCCCAAGUUCAUCUCCAUAUUUUUUAGCAACUGGUGAUUUCAAUAAUGAUACUCAACUAGAUAUUGUUACUGCUAAUUAUCAAUCUGAUACAAUAAGCGUUUUUUUUGGCUAUGGUAAUGGCAAAUUUGCAAAUCAGACAUCAUAUUCAACUGGUUCAUCUUCAUCUCCUUACUCUAUCGCUGUUGGUUAUUUUGAUAAUGACAAUAAACUUGAUAUUGUUGUAGUUAAUUAUAAUAACAACAAGUUAGGUGUCUUUUUUGGACUGGGUAACGGUACAUUUGAUAGUAUAACGCUAUUUUCGAUGACAUAUGGUUCUCAUCCAUUUUCUGUUGUUGCCGGUGAUUUUAAUAGCGAUAGAAAGUUGGAUUUUGUUGUUGCAAAUAAUGGUACUGACAAUUUAAAUGUUUUUUUACAGACCUGCUAA